UAUAAUUUCAAUCUUCCAAUUAAGCCGUGGCCAUUGGGCUACAUAAGGGGCGGAAUCAAUAAGGUGUUUGAUACUCACCAUCCGCAAAGAACCGAAGUACAAUAACCGAGAGAGAGGGCCGGCCCGCCGGCGAGAAUAUAAGAGAAUGGGUGGCUGGUUUCCUUUGAAGGUUUGGGCGACGGUGAUCAUCACUUUUUGGGUUUCAAGCUUGACGCUGAAUUCCGCGUCGCCUGUGGGGGUUCGGAUGAGUCUGAGCCGACAUCACGGCGUCAGUGCCGGCGAAAAUUGGUCCAGGCUGGAGCAAUUGCGAAUCGGCAUUAAGCGCGACGCCGAGAGGUUCGGCGCCUGGGCUGCUACUGCUGCGGCAUCGCUGCCGGAGCGCGAGGGGAAGGUGGCGAUGUCCCCGGUACUUCCCGCGCCUGAAAACGCGGGGUUCUUGAUGGACCUACACAUCGGGACUCCGCCGGUGAAAUUGAGGUCUCUCAUGGACACGGGCAGUGAAUUGAUGUGGACUCAGUGCCAGCCAUGUGUCCACUGUUAUCCUCAAGACACUCCCAUCUUCAACCCCGAGAAAUCCACUUCUUUCCACGCCUGCCGGCUCAGGAAUGACACCGGCGGCAGCUGCUCCCGCCGCAUCAAGUACGGCGAUGGGUCGACGGUCGAAGGCUACGCCGCCUCUGAGACUUUGACAUUUCGAGACCACGUUUCUUUCCCAAACAUCACCUUCCUCUGCGGCCAAAACAAUAGCGGCGGGAUAGGGUUCAACCACAACUCGGGUUUGGUUGGUCUCAGCCGCGGGCCGCUGUCCUUGGUCUCCCAGCUCAACGUCUCCCAAUUCUCCUACUGCUUGCCGGGCCUGGGAAGCAAUUCAACCGGCACGCUUAGACUAGGAGGGACAUCAUCCUCCGCAGGCGGGGGAGAGCACGUCACCAUGACCCCAUUGGUAAGAAAUCCGUCAACGAAUGACUCGGCCAAAUCGCAGUAUUACUAUGUUUCCGUUGAAGGAAUCUCGGUGGGCGAGACACGGCUGGAAUCAGUGCCCAAGGAGGCGUUCCAGCUGAAUCGGAACGGGAGUGGAGGGAUGAUUGUCGACACCGGCACCAGCCUCACUUACCUUCCGACGGCAGCCUUCAAGGCGGUCGUCGGUGAGGUGGAGAAGCAGCUGAAGCUUUCUUCGGACUCUAGUUCAGAUCUACCUUGUUUCACGCUGCCGAGCAAUGAGAUCAGCUUCCCGAGGCUGACGCUCCAUUUGCAGGGCACCCACGGCAGCGGCGCCGCAAAUCUGAGCCUCCCGCAAGGCAAUGUGUUCAUAAUAGAAGAGGAUGAGGUGGGCGGUCGUUUGGUCAAUGUCACUUGUUUGGCAAUCGGCGACGCCGGAGGGGGAGGGUCAUCACCGGGGGUUUUGGGGAACUUUGUACAGCAGAAUAUGAUGGUGAGCUAUGAUCUGGCUCAGAACACUCUUUCUUUUGAGCCAACGAAUUGCAGUCGCCACUCCUCAUUCUGAUCCCAUACAUCCUAAGAUAGGAUUCCUAGCUUGCCCGCCCGCAUACAUGCUGCCAUUCAUAUGGCAGAAUAACGUAAUUCCUCCAUGUACUAACUUCAUUUCUGUUACUUUCAAAAAUAACGUAAUUUCUGUUAUGUGCGCUUAUAUUACGGAUUAUAAGUUCUUAUCUAGAUCCCAAUCCAGAACCAUGACCAGUCAAUCACCA